AAAGGAUCGCACAGUUGUGAAGAGGUAGUCACGUGCUGUCACAUUCGCCGUCGUUUUCCUUGCGUGCCGCCAUCCUCCGUCCAUCUUCGCGAACCUUGUAAUGCGCAGAGUGGCCAGAGUGGGCCCCUGACUUUUCCUGUCUCGCACGGCGCGCUGCUUCGCUUUUCGGAUACUGCUUCGGUGCUGCUUGUAGGACGAGACAAAAGCUUGUUCGAAAGAAUUUUUUUGUUCGUUGGUGCCGCGGGUGAAACGUUCGACGCUCCUUACGCACGCUUUCCUGGUGACGCUAUGUUCAUCGAGCGGGCUUUCCUCAGCGAAUGUGUCGCAAGCUGGUCGACGGUGAUGAAGCCAUCGUCAGCGGUGGCGCCGCUUCUGGUUUGAUCUGCCGCGGUACCGCAUGUGAUGUGACGACGUCGAGUGAACGCGAUGGCGAAAAGAUGCGCAGUCGUGGCGACCCGAGCUUCCCGGACACACGUCGACGAUCCGUCGCGAGAGCAACUAGUGCUCUCGCUUCCCGGAGGACUGCCGGCCAUGCCCGCUCGACGCCGGCGGGGGGUCGCCAGCAAUCGGGCGAGUGCAGUCGGGGGAGUAGGAGGCGCGGGAGGAGGAAAGGCCAAUGGCGGUGGUGGCGUGGCGGCGAGCCUGUGCUCCUGCUUCUCAUCGGGGCCCGACGAGCCUCCGGAGAUCACCUAUCACGUGGUCGAGAACGGCGUCGUCACCCUGCCCCCGCCGCCGCUGCUCACCCCGACGCACCCGAUGCCGGACGAGGCCGAGCUCAACGCCAAGUUCGCCGAGCUGGUGGAUGAACUUGACCUUACGGCCGCCAAGAAAGAGGUCAUGUUCAACUUGCCUUCGGAGAAGAAGUGGCAGCUGUAUCUCAGCAAGAAAACGGAACAGCACGACACAACAUCAUCCCAUUUUCCGGAUUACUACAUUGAACGAGUGAACGCUAUGUCCAUGCUGCUGUUUCCUCGAGAAGAGGAGGAAGUCAACACCCGUGCCAAACUGCUAGAUAACCUCAAAACUGCACUCCGUACACAACCAAACAGCUUCGUGACGCGCUUUCUGGACCAGGAUGGCCUUAUCUGCCUAUUAAAUUUCCUGGUCGGCAUGGACUACAACACGGCUCAGAGUCCCAUCCACACUUCCCUCAUCGGAUGCGUGAAGGCACUGAUGAACAACUCGAAUGGCCGGGCCCACGUUCUGGCUCACCCUACGGCCAUCAACACCAUAGCGCAAAGCCUGAGCACGGAGAACAUCAAGACGAAGAUCGCUGUCCUUGAGAUCCUGGGCGCCAUGUGCCUCGUGCCCGGAGGCCACCGGAAAGUACUCGAGGCCAUGCUGCACUAUCAGAAGCACGCGUACGAACGUACGCGAUUCCAGACCGUGCUCAAUGACCUGGACCGGAGCACAGGCGUGUACAAGGAUGAGGUGAAUCUCAAGACGGCCAUCAUGUCUUUCGUGAACGCGAUCCUGAAUUACGGUCCGGGCCAGGAACACUUGGAAUUCCGGCUGCACCUGCGCUACGAGUUCCUCAUGCUCGGCAUCCAGCCCAUCAUCGAAAAACUCAGAGGACAUGAGAACGCUACGCUGGACAGGCAUCUUGACAUCUUUGACAUGGUCAGGAUCGAAGAUGAAAAGGAACUUGCACGAAAAUUUGACAUGGCGCAUGUAGACACUAAAAGCUGUACUGCGAUGGUGGAAGCCAUCAAAAAGAAGCUCUGCAUGACACCUGCCUAUCCACACUUUCUGUCAUUACUUCAUCAUGCACUGCUUAUACCCUAUAUUGGAGGUUCUGCGGAACAUUGGAUACUGUUCGACAGAAUCGUCCAGCAAAUCGUUGUUCAAGGAGAAAAUGGAGAGAACUACGAUCUCGCCCCAAUUGAGAUCAACGUCAAGAAAAUACUCAAGGAGCUUGCCACUGAGGAGGAGUUGAGGAUUGCGAAGGAGAACGCCGAGAAGUUUGAGAAGGAGAACAUUGAACUGGCAACUCAAAUUGUGAAGAAGGAACAAGAGUUGGAACAGAGUACGCAAGAAAAGGAAGACCUCCAGAGUACGUUGGCAAAGACAAAGGACAAGUUGGAACGAGAGACGGUGAGCCACUUGGAGGACAAGCAGAAAAUCGAAGAACUCGAGUACAGGAUAAGAGAAAUGACGCAAAAGCUGGACUCCGAGCGACGGGAGAGAAGCUAUGCCGAGAGCACGAUCAGGAAUGGACUGCCCGAGGACUCGCGCCUGUCUAUUCACCGCGGAAGCCUGCCCUGUGGGCCUCUGCACUCCAUCGGCUCAAUGGGCACGCUGCCACCACCUCCACCACCAAUGCCAUCGAAUGGAGCACCGCCGGCUCCACCGCCGCUUCCAGGCAUGGGCAUGGCCCCACCACCACCACCAUGUCCUCCACCCUCGACACGGACGCCGAGGAUCAAGAACAUUCCCCAGCCAACGAACCCUCUCAAGUCCUUCAACUGGUCCAAGUUGCCAGAAGCCAGGGUUGACGGCACCGUGUGGACUGAACUGGACGACACGAAACUGUACAAGGACAUCGACCUGGCCGACAUCGACAGGACGUUCUCAGCAUAUCAGAAGCAGCAGGGGUGCGGGACCAACGGUUCGCUGGAGGACAUCCCCGCUCUCACGUGCCGAAGCCCUCGGGUCCGGGAGCUCUCGCUCAUCGAUGGCCGCCGGGCCCAGAACUGCACCAUCCUGCUCUCGAAGCUGAGACUCACAAACGACGAGAUCUGCCGCGCCAUCCUCUCGAUGGACUCCAAGGACCAGUUGCCUAAGGACAUGGUGGAACAGCUACUAAAGUUCCUUCCAAGCCCUGAAGAAAAAGUUUUGUUGGAGGAACACAGCAGUGAGAUGGAAAGCAUGGCGAAGGCUGACAGAUUUCUCUACGAAAUCAGCAGAAUAAUUCACUACGAGCAGCGUUUGAGGACGCUGUACUACAAGAAAAAGUUUCAGGAAAGAGUUUCUGACUGCAAACCGAAGAUUGUCGCUGUUGUGGAAGCAUCGAAGGAGGUACAACGGAGCAAACGGCUCAAGAAACUCCUGGAGGUUGUGCUGGCUUUCGGCAACUACAUGAAUCGCGGACAACGGGGGAAUGCAGUGGGCUUUAAGCUGUCCAGUCUCAACCAUCUUGCCGACACCAAGUCCAGUACCAACAGGAACUACACCUUGCUUCACUACUUAAUUGAGACCCUAGAGAAGAAGUUCAAAGAUACGCUAAAACUGGAGGAGGACAUACACCAUGUUAAGAGAGCGGCGAAAGUGAACCUGGCCGAGCUCGAAAGAGAGAUCAGGGAUCUCAAGACCGGCCUCAACGAGGUUCAGAAGGAGCUGGACUUUCUGCGAGGACAGCCGGCCCAGCCAGGCGACAAAUUCGUUCUCGUCAUGAAAGAGUUCAUCACCGGCGCCACGUACAAAUUCUCGGAGCUGGAGGACAGUUUUCUCGACAUGAAAUCGAGGUACGAGAAGACUGCGCGGAGGUUUGGGGAAGACCCGGUCCAGGUGCCACCCGAUGAGUUCUUCAGCAUCUUCGACUCGUUCCUGGUCUCGUUCAACGAGGCCAAGAAUGACAACGAAAACUUCAGGCGGAAGAAGGAGGACGAGGAGCGGCGCAGCAGGCAAGAGGCCGAGAAGCGAGAACGCAAGGACGGCACCCUCAGAGGCCUGGCCGCACUCCGAGCCAACGGUUCGGCGACGCUCAACGGCUCCAUCAACAGCCUCAAGGCCGGUGGACCCGCCGCCCUGAACGGCAGGGCGACGGCGGACGACAAGGGAGAGUUCGACGACCUCAUAUCGGCGCUCCGCACGGGCGACGUGUUCGGGGACGAGUUCUCCAAGACGCGCCGCAACCGACGCCGCGGCAGCAGCCCCGCCGCCAACAACGGCUCCUCGCUGCUGGCCGAGAACGGGCAUCACGUGAUCGUCAACGGGUCGGCAUUGCACGACACCUCUCGGGACCGCAUAGUGACGCGGAAGCUAAAGUCAUGAGGCCUAGUCUAGCAGUCUGCCUCUCCUAUCCUGCAUUGCGCCUUGUUCACACGUGGUGGACCGAUGGGCUUGAUUUCUUCAAGGACGGCAGUCAGUGCGGGCGUAACAGCUUUUGUCAUAAGUGCGUACAGCAGUUAAGGCCUCAUGACUGUCACCUUGACGUGCUGAAAAGUGGUUGAGCCGUCCAUGAGGCCUUCUCAAUCAGUAUGCCCCCAUUUGUUUUCUGCUUUCCUUCUCCAGGAUAAACCAUUGGGUUUUUUCCUUUCACGGCGGAAGUCAAUGCUAAUGUUACAGCUUCUGUUAUAAGUACACAAGUUAGUUAACCCCGCCAGACUUUCGCCUUGACGUGUUGAGAAGGGUUUGACCGACGUGAAGCCUUGUCCAUCACACUGCUCCUACUGUUUUGUGCUUGCUUUGUUCGUAGAGGAUGAACCUUUGGGCUUGCUUUUUAUUCAAUGCGGAAGUCAGUGCUAACGUUACAGUUUCUGUCACAAGUACUUAAGCCACUUUAGGUUUCAUGGCUAUGGCCUUGACAUGCUCAUGAGUGGUUGGGUCGGUGGACCAUUGGGUUUGCGUUUUCUGUCAGCGCGGAUGUUACAUUAUUUGUAUUAAAUGUGUAAAUGUUAGCUAGUUAAGGCUUGGUCAGUGCAUUGACGUGCUAAGAUGUCGCAGGAGUAAUGGGCAUUUCGGUUCAACUUCGAACAGAAAUGCAGUACACGGAAGAGGCCCGAAACUGCAGUUUUACAUUUUGUUUGUCAAAGCUUCCUUACUGAACUGGGCAUAUUAGUUUUUGUGUAAUGAAGGUGCUGAUGGUAACAAACGAAGUUGUCAAGGACGACCGGCCUGGCGAAUUUCUUUAUCGAUACGAUGCAACCUUCCUAUUCGAUCAUUAUCCUUUGGGUCACCGUGUUGAUUGUGAACUUAAAUAAUACGUAGCUUGUAGCUCUAGCCUUGGAGAUAAACCUCCUUGCUGUAAAUAGCCUCUAAAACAACUUUUGCUAGCGUGUCUGAUAUAGUGGGUGGUGAACCUUUCUGAUUCUGGAAGCACUGAAGCGUUUGAAGCAAAGAUGGAUGGAAGUAGGCACGGAAUACCAAGUGACUAUGUGCGCGUACUGGUUGUUUACUGAUAUGGGUUUACGAAACGGAAGCAUACGCAACGUUACAGGUAAUUGAAAAUUUACAGUCAGGUUGCGUAUGUGUGUUUGGUAGACACAAGUGAGUGAGCAUUUCUAUAGUACUUAGACACAUGUUCCACCCUCUUGUCUGUCUUUUAGUUGUGAAGACUCAUCCAUUUCUAGAUUAGGAGAAAGAGUGCCAUAUAGAGAACUGUCACCACGCAGCUACAUAUGGUAAUUGUGUCAUGUGGCCCAGUUCCUGCUCGGGCCUUCCGUUGUGACUCUCGUACUUGUGAGACACUGUAACCUAUUCAAACACAAACAGUGACAAUUCUUUUGCGUCGAUUUGUGUUUGUGUGACUAUCAGUCAGUUCGCUAUGCGAUACGGAAAGGCAGUGUAUUACAGAGAAACAUAUCUUAAUGUAAGAAGUCUAUCCGGAUGCUUAUAGACUUUGACAAGCUUGCUUGGACUUACGAGUACGUGAGCGGGACAUUUUCCGAACUUAAGAAAUUUACUUGCGUAAACUUGUGAAUAGCCAUCGUCACUCAUAGGAGUCGGCCGCAAGGAAAGGUUAUAAGGUGCUGAUCUAACAUAAUAAUCGUUCUGUUGUCGAUAAUGCGUUCGCUUCAGGCAAUUUCAGUGAACGCACAUUUAAAAUUUGGAAGCUUUACUCGAAAUCGAACGGUAUGAGAGAACGCGCGCAAAUGAGCUUGUUAAAUAGAUUUACCGCGGCAAUUGGCAACUAAUGUAGCUUUGUAUUUUAUUGUGUAACUAAAAUUACGUGCGAACAAUUCACAUAUAAGUCACAUAUAUCUGCAAGGAACUAAGGGUAAAUGCACAGAUAUGAUGACGAGAUGAAAGUGUUGGUCAAAUGUAGAAGGAUCAAUGAAAGCCGCCUUUCUAAUCAUCUAAACUCUGUCCUCUAGGAUAAUUUCAGUGUUGUAAUUUUACCGACGAUUAGUUUGUUUUCUUCGGAAAAGCAUUGAACCAGACACACAGGUUUCACGAAUACGUGAAUAUAACGACUACAUAUGUGAUAAGGUGACUCCAUUGUACAACAGGAAGAAGGAAAUCGAAGCGAUAUGCAUUCCAAUGUUGCCGUAUUCACCAAAAUAGAAGUGCAAUUUGAUAGAUAAUGUUCCCGAGUAAACGCGUUUGCAUACUUUCUUAUUCCGUGUUGUCCUUGCCGUUGAUAUCGUGCUCUGAUUGUCCUUCUUGAAAAGAUAAGCAUCGUAUCGCAAGUAAGAUGGCCUCUAUAACAGCUAUUUCGCGACUGCAUUGAUGAUGUUUUACUUAUACCGAUCAUCUUACGUCAUGGGUUUUCAUCUAAAACAAACUUUGCUGCGAUCGUGUAACUCUUAACAUUUUAAUUGUUCUUAUAAUUACGCUGUUCGUUUUAACACGUUCUAACGCGCCUUUAGCAAGUUUUCUUUCUCAUUAGUUGUUAUCUGCUUGUGUACAGUAUGCCCCACUUUAACACGCUGCUCCUCAUUACUUCUCAAAACAAUAUAACUUGAAUAUAUCAUCAGUCUCACACAGAAAAAGUUUUUACACUAUGAAACGCCUAUAUCGGUAAAACAAUUAUCGGCUACGUUGUUGAAGCGAACGCUCUAGCCACUCUCUAAAUAAUUAUUUUAUAUUUGCUAUAACAACGGAGCUUAGUGUGCAAGUGUGGACUUACAUUUGUUUAGCGAACUUCAGUCUGAUUCACAAAUAUGCAAAUGUUUGUUCAACAUUUUCCUUUUCAUUGUUUUAUUGGCCUAAAGACCUCACACUGUCUGUUUAGUCAUCUCUGUGCUAUCACACACUCUAGGCAAGCUGAAUGUCUGGACAAGUUUCUCAAAUUGUGACAGCUUUGCUAACAUAGCACAAAGAAAGUGUUGUAUGUAGCAUUACUUAGCUGGUCUGUGCAUCAUUACCAACUGUACAAUGCAGAUGAACUCUCACAAAGUGUGUUUGUCAGUUACCGUUGUGAGCUACAUAUAAAUAUAUACAUACCUAACAUUUGUACAUAAGACGAACAAGUCAACUGUAUAUGGACACAGUGUGUGUUUUUGUUUCUUCUAUAUAGUGUACAUAGCUAUUGCGCACGUUCAUCUGCAAUGCUGAAUCCUCGUCUAUGAAGUUGUGUGCUAGAAAGCGCCCCCCAAACAUGCAGCCACCUGUUUCCAACGAACUUUCGUUUCUUGAGCCUUCAUUUAUUAACUGUCACUCACUAUCACGAUAACGCUUCUUGACUUAACAUACAAUAUAUGUCGUGCGAAGUUUUGCUAACCAUCCGCGCUUUCAAGGUGUAUUGAAGAACCUUGCGCAACCUUUUUUUGUACUGCUCUUUAACGCGAGCGUUUUGUACUUUUAUAUUCCCUAACCGUCGUGCUUGAAUAUCUGCUAUACUUGUGUUUCCAUUUAUUUCUAGCCUUUGCCGGAAAAUUAUUUAGCUCUGAUGUCUAGUCGUAAGUGUGAGAUGUAGAAAUGCGAAUACGAAACAUUAUUUACACUAAACGAGGUUCGUGCCAGCGUAAACACGCUCGCGGUUCUCCUAAGUCAAGGUUGCUCUCUGCCCUUAACCGAACAAUUCUCGCCGCGAUUGCUAGCGUGAGGCAACCCGAAGAAGGCGUGGGUUGUCAGUAACCCACACACUGGCACGGGUCGUGCAAUGCUGCUUGUUCCAACCUCAACUGUUGGCUCCAUUCUGUCACAUGUCGGCGGAGUUGAGACCAUUGCCGCGUUGAGAGUCGAGCGGCGUGUCAAAAUGUUGAAUGUUGUGUGUGAGAUCCCCGAAUUUUUUCAUUGUUUUUUUUCUUUACUUUCUUCUGUAUGUGUAGAAUAAAUAUGCUGAGAUACCUUAACGAAA